CACACUCACAUGCAACCGUCUUAUAACACUACAAAGCUCCAUUUUUUUGAGCAUCCUAUGGCAUAAGCCAAGCACCAGCCAUGGACUGGUACUCUUGGUUGUCGAAAAGUGCCCUUGAGCCCUCACUUAUCUAUGAGUAUGGCCUUGCCUUUUCUCGCAAUGAGCUCCAAAAGGAGGACUUGGCAUACUUCAACCAUGAGUUUCUUCAGAGCAUGGGCAUAUCAGUCGCCAAGCAUAGGCUGGAGAUUCUCAAGGCUGCUAGGAAGGAAAUUGGAGAAUCCCCUAAUAGCCUGUCCAAGCUCAUUUUGGCAAUCAACAAAACAAGAAAGUGCUUCAACAAGUAUGUUAACAAGUUGGUUCAUCAUGAGAAUAGCGCGAUUAAGCCACUGCCGGAGCCGGUUCGUUAUAGAGAUCAGUGGAGAGGAGCAUUGACAAGGAAGUGCAAGAGUGAGAAGGAGCUGAGGAUAGAGCAGCCUGUGCUGAGAACCAGGAAGGUAGCAAAAUCUGGUCCCCUGGAUUACAGAGCACAAGACAAGUUGCUGGUCCCUCCUAGGAGCUUAAAAUUAUCAGGGCCUCUUGAUAGAAAAAUGCAGGAGAAGUUGGUGUUUAAUUAUAGGAGCCCCAUAACAUCUGGUCCUGUUGAUAUUGCUAUGGCGCAAGAGAGGUUGAUGCUCACAAAUAGGAGUCCAAAACUGUCUGGACCUCUUAAUUAUGUAAGACCCCCAAGCCCGAAGGUUCAUGCUGACUACAACAAGGAAAAGGCAGGUGGGGACUAUGGCGAUCAAACAUUAUGGGCAACCCUGUUUCAGGACAUGAAACCCACUUGACUUGUCCAUAUGUCUUUCUUAGUUUUGUCUGGAAAGGUGAGAUUGGUUUAUUGAAAUGUUUUAUUCCAAUCAGUGAGACAAGCCUUAUAUUGUCUGGUGAAAAUUGCUUUUUAUGCAUGUGAAUUUGAUAUAAGGUUAGGAUGCCACAAUAUUAGCAUCUUCAGAUAGUGUUGGACAGUUUUUCUAUCAUCAACACGCAUGCCAUGGUUUAUAUUCUUUCUGAGUUCAUGUAUCUAAAUUUUCAAGAAUUAUAGUAUAUGCUUUAAGAUUUAUGGUUUGUUAGGAGCUCUUUGAGUUUAAGAUCCUACAUACCGGCAAACUUUCAUGCCUUGUACUGAAAACCAUAUUCUAUAGAAUGUGUGCUGCGAGCUUUCCUGGAA